AUGUCUUUGUUCAAUUCUAUGGUUUCUUUUCUCUUUGCUGCUUUUUUCCUUUUGCACUCCGUUUCCGCAUUUGUGAUCAAGCGCAACAACCCCGUCUUUGACUAUACCACCGAAAAGAUUCGUGGUGUCAACAUUGGUGGUUGGCUUCUCAUUGAAAACUGGCUCAAUGCCGACUUGUUUAGCCAAUUUAAUGGCAUGAACAAUGGCCCCACCGACGAAUGGGGAUUCUGUGAAACCCUUGGUAAGUCCGAAGCUUACAACCAAUUGUCCAAACACUGGAGCACUUUCUUCACUGCCGAUGAAUUCGCUCGUAUCGCUAGCUGGGGCAUUAACGCUGUUCGUAUUCCCAUCGGUUACUGGGCCUUCGACGCCGAAAACGACGAGCCCUACGUCCAAGGCCAAGAAUACUGGUUAGAUCAAGCAAUUGAAUGGUCUCGCAACAACAACAUGAAGGUCUGGGUCGACUUGCACGGCGCCCCUGGCAGUCAAAACGGUUUUGAAAACUCUGGUAAGACUGGUAGCAUCGACUGGCAAAACGAUGGAAACAUCAAUCGCACUCUCCAAAUUAUGUCUUACGUUGUCAACAAGUACACCCAAGAUGCUUACAAGGACGUUGUCAUUGGUAUCGAAACUGUCAAUGAACCCUUGGGUAGUGCUCUCAACAUGGACGAGCUCAAGGAAUACGAUUUGCAAGUGUACAAUAUGAUAUCUGGCAAAUCCAACUCUGUCGCUACCGUUGUUCACGAUGCUUAUGUUGACUUGUCCGAAUGGACUUAUGGUGCUAUUUCUGGAAAUAUGUACAACUUGGUCAUGGAUAUUCACCGAUAUCAAUUGUACCAAAGCAAUGAAUGCUCCCUAACUUACAAUGAUCACCUCAACAGUGUUUGCGACCUCGGUGAUCAAAUCGAAAAGAACCCCUUCAUCACUAUCACCGGUGAAUGGUCUUCUACUUUGGCUGACUGCACUCUUUGGAACGCCAGCGAAUCCGGUUCUGCCUUUACCGGCGGCAACAGCGGUGAUAUUUCUACUUGGACCGAUCAAUACAAAAACGCUAUUCGCUUGUACGUAGAGACUCAAUUGGAUCAAUUCGAACGCGGUGGCGGUUGGUUCUACUGGACCGCCAAGUCUGGUGGAGCUACUUGGGACAUGGGUAUCCUCAUCGAUAACGGUAUUUUCCCCCAACCUUUCACUGAUAGAAAAUUCGCUCCCUAUUGCUCUUAA